AUGUUUAGAAAUUGGCCUGGUUCCUCUGAGUUCAGACGUAUUCACCAAAAUCUGGAAGACACAGACGCAGAGGCGGAGGAGCAACUUCUUGCUAAAGGAAAACAUUUUUCCAAACGACCAACAACAAAGGCAAAAUACCUGUUCUCAGCGAUAAGUGGCUUUUUCCUUGGUAUUUUCGGCACUGUCUCCUAUUUUUUGUUGAUAAACCCUUCCGGGAUUUUGCUUGAAAAGAAUGCAUUCCUCAAGCAAACUUCAUAUUGGUCGAAAGUGCUUGAUGAGAUUGAGAUCUCAACAAAUGUUGUUAUGAUGAACGGGACUCUUUUCCCCCCUCCUGACCCCACGUUUGCGCGAGGAGAGCCUAGUGUGGAAAAUGAUGGCGUUUGGCAGAUUUUCGAGAAUAUUCGGACACAUGUCAUCACGCGUGAUCAGAUUAUCAAGCUAGGCAAAGACCCAGAUACUGUCUCACGUUUCGACGAUGAAUACUGGGGGUUUGGGCAAAAUGCAUACAUGGCUCAGUUGGACAUAUUUCAUCAAAUCCACUGUCUUAACAGAUUGCGAAAAGCAGCUUUUGCAACAUAUCCCGGUUAUGAGCCGGCAGAUAUGGAGAACCCCUAUUCGAAGAUGUGGUGGAUCCAUAUUAGCCACUGUGUCGAUAUGCUGCUACAGAAUAUCAAGUGCCACGGAAACACCGAUAUGAUUACGCUUGAUUGGGUGGGGAAUCGUGGAAAGCUUUGGCCAGACUUCAGCAUCAAACAUAAAUGUCGCGACUUCGAUGCAAUAUUAAACUGGAAUGUGGAGAAUUCCGUUGAUGGGGAGAAAUUCAACCAUAUGCCGCUUCCCAAAGAUGCGUAUAUCUGGCCUGAACCGUGGAACAGUCCGGAAUUUGAACUUGGUCAUCCUUUAUCAAAGAACACUUGGAAGGAAGGGAGACAAUGUCGGUAG